AUGUACCUCCCACGCCUCUUUCUUGUCAUCUCCGCAGGCUUCUCCCUCGCCUCCGCCAAACAUUACUGGUGCAUCAUGGCGCAAGACGGCUCAAGGAUGAUCCAGCAGCCGUAUUGCUGCGAAGGAUUCCAAAAUGCGCAGCAUAACGAUCUGACGAAGAUUGGGCUUGGUUGCAAGCAGCAAACGGGUGAGGCGGUUGAGCGUUGUCCGAAUGGGUUCACGCCUAAGUGUUGUUAUGAUGGGGGUGUCGGACCUCUUUGUACAGCCGAGGCUAUUGUUCGGGAUGAUUAG